AUGAAUUGGUGUAGAGAAUUAGAUGUGAUGACAGCAGAACAAUUUAUGCUUCAGUACAAUUCCCUUUCGACCACAGCAAAAAAACAAUUGUUGACCAUUCCUGCUAUUAACAAUCAUCAAACAACCUGUACUUUUUCUUGGUCUGGAUUUAAUCUAUCCAGUUUACAAGAACGUAGUCCUCCAAUUACUCGAGCUGUUCCUUUGUCAUCUGGACCUGACUUGCCUCAUCCCGAUACAAAUGAUUUGGAUAUGACCAUACCAAUUGAAAACAAUCAACAAGAAGAUGAUGAACAGCAAAAUGAACUUGUCCCAAAUAGAAGACGGAGAAUGGAUUCCACUGAUUCCAAUGAUUCAUACCAAACACCAAGAACUACUAAUAGGAGACAAUCAACAGAAACUCGAGUGAAUGAAUUUGAAGAUGUACAGAGGCUCUUACGAACAUUUGCAGAGGAGCAAAAGUACCAGCGAUACAGUGAUAAUCGACCAGUCCCUCAACCAGUAUUUGCUACAGCUCAAUACAAUGAAUUGCUUAAAGAACAACCAACAGGAGAUCAAGAGCUACUUGCUAAACUCUGUAUUGAUAUCAAAGAGAAUCUUUAUCUGGCCUACGAAAAUGAAUCGAGAGCAAAUUUCCAUCAUUCUGUGGUAGCAGAGAAACUAGUAAAGCUAAAGGAGCGGAUUGAAAUUGAAAUGUUUGAUAGAAUGCUGCUAAAAGACUUUUCCAUAUCUAAAAAGAUUUUUGCUCGCUAUCGUCUAUACUAUAAGUUGGUAUCAAAAUGUCCCAGAUUUAAGCACUGUACACUGACUUUUAAUAUGUUAAAAGACCGUAUCCCCAAGAUUCUAAAAUACUUUGAUAGUCAAGAGUGCGCCAAUGUUCCUCCAACAGACAAAUGCUCAAAAUACUUUUGGCUGACUGAACCGACAUUGUAUCAUAAUUUGGAACAGUCAAAGGCAUGA